AUGAAAGCGAUCCUUCAAGAGGCUGAGCAUGAAGGCCUCCAGGGAAUCCAACUAAUAGAUGCCUUCCAAACAAUCGCCACAAUCGCACAUAGCCCAUCCAUCGGAAUCAACCGUAGACUCGCAUCCACAAAUAAGGUGGAGCUCGAAAUGAUUCAAGGCAAACUAGAACACUCGGUUAGACCAGUAGUCGAGAGACUCAUGAAACAGGUGCACGAAUCAAACGUCUAUAACUCAGCGGAAAUAGUUUUUUGGGCAAAAAUGAUGGAACCAUUGGAAAGAGACUCUGUCUCAAAAGCUGACCUUCUGAAGCUGGAAGAAGCAGUUUCCUGGAUAUUGGGCAGACUCUGGAAUGACUCAGCAGAAGCCAUCUUCAGAAUGAUUCUGGCGCGCUGCAAACCUCCAGAAAACCUCAAUUCACGUGCCUCUCCGCGAAUGACGCUCAUCGCCCACAUUUGGAACAUUAGCAUGACGCUCAGAGAGUUUUUAACAAACAUCGACGCAAAUCAAGAUUUCACCGCCUGGGAUGCUAUCAGGACGCUUCGGGCAAUCUGGCCACCAAGAGAUCGCAUCGCAGCCGCAGAAUACAGAGUCCUUAAUCUCAACGACAUCGACAACCGACUUGAAAGAGGACUCGAAGACCCAUCCUCGCUUCUCGGCACUACAUACGAGAAACUCUUCUGGAAGAUUCCGAUCCCAAGAAGCUAUGAAUCCGCCCGCGCAGCCGCAGGAUUCAAAAGAAAGAGAACAAGCCAAGAAGCCGAAGAGCUGGAAGUCCAUCGAGGCCCAAAAUCACUACCCGAAUGGAAAAUCUAUGAGACAGACCUUCUUCACAGAGUCAUAAGAGUUCUAAACAACGAGGCCAAACCCGACUGGGAAACCCUUGCGCUGAGAAAAGAAUCUGACUUCAUCGCGGGCCAAUGGACUCAUAACAAAGAUAACUGGAGAGUCCUCAUCCAUCAGAUGCCUGAAAAAGUGAAGCCGCUGAUCUACCAUUUCGUCCAUGGAGGAGCAGACCUGUUCUUGAAUCUCAAAAGAAUACCCCCCAAGAAACCUGCCGAAUUCAAGCGGAAGGAGUUAGUGACAAUAUGGAAGCGAAAUUCGGCCAACUCAGACACUUUGAGAAAACUAGGCGGAAAUUUCAAAACCUGGUACAACCACAGACUCAGACUCUCAAAAUUCGUCCCCCGGCCAUAUGAGAAGAUCGGCAAACGCUACAAAUCCCUCACGAUUCCGAGCCAAGAAGCUGUAAGAGAAAGAAGCGACGAAAUUGUCCAACAAAUCACCGACUGGUGCGAAAUGGGCUCGGUAACAAGAGUCACAGAUUCAAAAGGAUGCUGGAUCCGAGCGGGAUUCGUUCUCGUCGACAAACCAGGAAGAGAAACCAGAGUCUGUUGGAACGGUGGAGUCCUCAAGCCUCUGCAGCUGUACACAUUUCCAUGCAAAUUAGAAAGCGUCGGUGCUGCAAUCCAAAUGCUCAAAAAGGGAGACCUGCUGUACAAAUUCGACGAUAAAAAGGGAUUCCACCAGCUGCCUCUCAGCGAAGAGAGCAAGAAACUCGCUUGCUUCGAUUGGGGCGGCCAGUACUUCAGAAACAAUAUACUCGCAUUCGGAAUCCCAGCCGCGCCUGGAAUCUACCAGCUGAUGAAUCUAUGUGGAGUCAAUUUUCUGAGGAAAAACGGAAUCAAAAUAACACUCUACCUCGAUGAUAGACUCCUAGCCGUCACUCCAGAAUCUGAAGAAGAUCGACGCCAGCUUCUAGCGGGAGAGAAAGUCGGCAAAGAAGUCUGGGCAACAGUAGCGACGCUGGUGGCACUCGGCGGCUAUGUGAACAUCACCAAAAGCACCUUCAAACCCACCCAAAGAAUCGAAUUCCUUGGAUUCAUUUUGGACACGGAAAGCGAAACAGUGGAGAUUCCGAUGCAAAGAUGGGCAGCCCUCAAAAACCUUAUGAAAGAAGCCGAAGCGAAAACUGAAGUUCCGUCCCAGAUGCUCGAAAGAAUCAGAGGCACAAUGGCAAGUAUGGCCGAAGUCCUUCCGAACAUGAGAAUGCUCAUCCGCCAAACGACAAUCCUCAUCAGCCAAGCGCUCAGGGAAGAAAAAGAAUCCUGCUUGCUGACAAAGGAAGUCCGCGAGGAAUGGAGACUCUGGACUCUUCUGAAAGAAAAAGGACUCAAAAGACAUUGGACAAAGCUGAACCGCCAAGAAACAGGACUCAUAAUCUACACAGAUGCUUCUUCACACGCAGGAGCCAUCGUCAUCGAGCAAUGGAAGCUGGAGGAGAGAUUUGCUUGGGAAGCAGAAAUGGCUGAUAAACACAUAGGAAUCAAAGAAGCCCUUGCGAUUCAAUUCACCCUCGAGUGGGAUUUGGACUCCAGAGAACAAAAACUAACGGCAAAUGGAUUCGCUUAUCUGCAAUCUCACCUUUCGGACCCGCUCGACAUUGACGUGGCAGCAACGCCACUCAACAAUAAAUGCAGAGACUUCAUCGCGCGCCGAGAGACAAAAGGAGCCUUUGGAAGAGACUUCCUAAGCUUCCCAAUCCAUGAACUAAUCGGAAGAAAGCUGUACGCGUUCCCACCUCCGAAAAUCGCCCACAAAUACUACAAUAGACUCACCGAAAUAGCGACGCCAUGGGCUUUAGUGGUGCCGUGUUUCGAAGCCGAGCCUUUAGUCGUAACUCAAGCUAAACUCAAAGGCUACAGAGUCUUUGACAUCCCAGCGGAUUCCAUUUUAACACCAGCGAAGGUGAAAACCAUCGAAGGCUACUGGAAAGUGGCGACCAACGUCUCAACAAUCAAAAUUAUCGCAAAUAGACUCUAA